ACGCAAGACAGUUCUAAUGGCGGCGGGAACUUGCGAAGGUCGUUUAUUUACCAUGUUUUAGCAACGAGAAAACAGCGAUCUUUCCGUGAUGAAUCAUUCCAACUCGGCGACUAGUUACAGACCGUCCAGGCCUAUGUUAUGUCGUUAUUACAAUGCGAAUGGAUACUGUUUUUAUGGCGAUCAGUGUCAGUUUGUCCAUGCGAAGCCUCCUUCGAACGACGUUCGUACUGGUAUGGUAAUACGAAAAUUUUUAUUGUCUCCCAUGUAUUUGAUUUAAAACAAAUUUCCUCUGUUGCAUGCUUUCCCCUGGUCGCUGCACAACAUGAUUUGCUUUAAGGUCCCUAUGUACGCCUGGUGUCAGUUUGGUCUUUGAAACCUGUAAGCUAAAUAUCAUCCUAGCUGGUUGGAGUUCGUGAUUGGGCUUCAGUUUUAACUUUUUUAAAACGUUACAUUGCUUUUUUAAAUGUAAGGCCGCUGCGAGAUACUUGUACAUCCUUUUAAGUUGGCUUGUUUAUUUAAUCCAGGCUGCUUCGUGUAGAAAAAUGGAUCUACAUGUAUCAUUUUAUUUUGUGUGCAUUCGUUGGUGAUGCGUCCAGGUCUGUUAAUGUUUAAUACAGAGUGGAUUGAGUUUACAGUUCUCUCCUUCUGUUUUUUUUUUCCCCUCGGGUGAUUCACUCCUUGAAAGUAAAACAAAUAACCGUUGACAGUGUUCUUUCAAUUGUCAUUAUUUCGAAAAGAGGCAAUGAAAGGAUUUGCAUUUCAUUUAAACUUAAUGCACAAAUGAAUAAAAUCCAUUGGUAGCAUGCAUUCAUACAGAACUGUUCAUGUGUUUUCCAUUGACAGUCUGAAAUUAACGUAAGCUGCGAGCCUGCUGUAUUACAGUAUAAGCUGAGCCGAGAUCUUCUUCAAUCUCAAUCCAGCUGUCUUGAAUAAAACCCCGUUUACAUGUUACGCCUGUGUUGCGAAAACCCAUAAAUCUUGAAAUACAUGUACCAGUUGUAUUGAAAAUUAAUUUUUUCGGUGUACUGAUGAAUUUUACAUCUUAACCCUUUAAGCCCCAAUAGUGAUCCAAAUGCAAUUUCUCCCAACAAAAUAACACUGUCUGAUCAAACAGACUGGUUUUGAAAAUGAAUGAAGUGAUCACCAGUGAUGAACUGUUGUGAUGGUAGAACAAAUUCUCUCCAGUAGUACCAUAAGGAAUGUAUGAAGAACAGUGUGGAGAAGAUGUGGUGGGGCUUAGAGGGUUAAUUGCAAACUCCUUAAUGCUUAGCAUUAUUUGUUUACUCUCUCAAGGUAUUUUCCAGAGGGCCAUAGUAAAGACCAUUAUUUUCAUUUAGAUGCAAUUGGCUGACAUCAAUACUAUGUGACUGCUAAUGUUAUACCAUUCCUUGAAUAAGCACAUUGGCCAUGUUUUUAUUUUCCUUUGUUUAGAAUUUUUUUAAACAAUACUUUGUUAUCAUUUUGCUUUGUCUACAAUGAGUUGAAGACAAAGGAAAAUAGAAGUGCUGUGCAAAUUUCAAGCACAAGUAAUGUUUGAACCACACCAUAUACUCUUGCUUAUUUAACACAAUUACAGCUACAGACAAGAACUUUAAUGUUGGAAGCAAUAAUGCAUUUCAUAGAAGCUCAUCACUGCCAGCAUUUAAUUCUGCUGUCAACAAUGGCCCUCUUGGUUCAAAGGGCUUGCGAGGUGAUGGAGGAUUCAAGAGCAAUGCCUUGGGAACAUCAACAAAUGAUAGCUUUGUUAGCGGAAUGGGACAGUUGUCAAUAUCAACAAACAAGGUACCUAUUAAACAGUCCAUAACCACUCAAUUCAGCAUAAUGAAAAAUAUCAUUCAUCCUGGUUUGUGUAUGAUGGGGCUUCUUUAUCAUUAAGUGAUAAAAUAAUUAAAUGAUUUUGUCCUGCAAUAGUUUCUUCGUUCUCGAUCACAAUGUUUUGAAUGCUUUAAUUACUACAGGUCUUUAUUAUGUUUAAAAUGUAUCAAUCACCAAUGACCAUGUUGCUACAAAAAUUAUUGAUGGCAGCAUGAUAACCCCUUACCAGUGGUCUUUAUGAGGGUUAACGAUAGUUUCGAUACAAAGUCAUUUCAAUUCAAGUUGUUUUGUUACAAACGUGUUCAAUCAAGUUGUCUGUAGUUUGAAGAUUUGAAGAAAUAUUUUUAGAUCCAGAAAGUGACAAGCUAUUACAGAAAAGUUAAGCACCAGGGACUAAUUUAUUAAAACUUUUACAAGUGUAAAAAACGUAAUUUACAAGUGUAGCUAUUGUUUUAGAGUCUGAAGACAACAGCCACACUUGUAGAUUACACUCGUAAAAGUUUUAUUAAAUUGACCUCAGAAAUAAUAACUUCUGAGUCAUCUGUUAAGUUCAUGUAUAUGUCACAAAGAAAUUUCCACUGUGGGAUUAAAAGAUAAUGACACAGAUACAAGUCUCUGUUUUUGUAUGUGCUCCUGGAAUUAUAACAGAAAACAUGGAUCAGUACAGUGGUCUUGAGUAAUUUAUUUAGUGGCCAGUGAACACAGAUGUAUUUCUGGUCGCCGCUUUGUGCCCCAGAAAAGUACCGUUCAGGUGGAGAGAAGCAACGAUGGAAAUACAUCUGCAUAUGCAGGCUAUAUGAAUAGAUGUGUCUAGGAAUUCGUACCCACAGACCCAAAUGCGGUAGCUGAAUAUUGUGAUACGAUAUAACUCACUUAAAGUGAGUGAUAUACGGGUACUUGUACAUUGAAUAAUAAUAAUUAUUGUCUAUCUAUGCAGAAGGAAAUGAUUUUUUAUUUCUCAUUACAGAUAGCUCCUGGAUCCCUUGGAGGACACGGGUCUCCUAUGUCUCCAUCGAAGAGGGCAUUCACAUCAUCGUUAGCCCCAGGAGGGCCAGUCUCACCUCUUCAUUCUCCUAAACCAUCUCUUGGUUCACCCAAACCACAGCACAACCCACUAACAUCACAAGCAUUUGAAUUUCUGCCUUCUGCUGCUGUGAGUACAGUUUAAUUUGUGGAGUUUGUGAUCCUGUUCAGUUUUCAUUAAAUUUUCUUGUAGCUCUGUUUGUUAUAUGAACCCAUUUUGCUGGAUCUUCCUAUUCCACAAUCAGCAGUUGCUUAUUACUGAAAAGUAAUGUAUUUCAACCACUCAUUAAUGAUAUUCAAAUAACUGUUGAGACUGCAAAGUCUAUCUGAAGGCUGUAAUUCUGAGGGUGUACAUAAAUAAUUAAAAAAAUUCUUAUUAAUAAUAUUCAACGAAUAUUAUAAUUUCAAAUGCUUGCUGUAACAUCAGUGUGUUGUUUACCUGUAUUUUACUUUAGAACCAGAGCCUGCCACAGGCCCCCCUCCAUAGUCAAGCCCAGGCCCCAGGUCCUCAGCAGAUGGAAUCCAUAGGUGGAACAACGUAUUUUUACACUCAGCAAGCUCAACAGCAGCCUGCUGUGGUAACAGUUCUUUAUUCCUGUUUUAGAGUUAUUAGAGAACGUAAACAAUAACCAUGUUGACAGCUACAAAAACAUUACUUGCACUGCUUCAAUGUGUUUUGCGAUUAUUCCAUCUCAUUCAGUUUGUGAAAUGUUGCCAAAUUUUCCUGUUGUUGAAUUCUUAAAGACUGUGUCAAAGUUCAUGAAAAGUAAAAGAAAGUCAUUGUCUUGUGUUCACAUCCUGCAACAUACACAAAAAAAGCAUGACACACAUGCAGAGUUGUUGUUUUGCUAAGCUAAACCUAUUGUUUUCUUUUUCCGUUCUCACUGCCAUCGCUAUCACCAUUGCUUAAGCAAAAAACCUCAAAUUUAAGUGCUGGCUACAAUAGAAUUGACUGCCAAGUUUAUUAGUUACAAUGUAGAACAUUGUUAGUUUCACUCUCCAUCUUUCCAAAGGGCUUUUGUAUAUAAAAAAAUGUAUUUUUUACACCAGUGAACAAGUUAGUAGUAGCAAGCUAUGAGGGAUACAUCUAGCAUGGGUAUUAAAUCUUCCUUCCCAGUUUUAGACUUGGCGAAAAUAAGGUGUGAUCCAUGCAUGAAAGCAAGUUAAUGAAAAAAAGCACCAUCAUUAUUAAUUGUCAUUUUUCUGAAUAUUUUGACUCUUUUUUCCAGCUAUUUCCAUCAUACCAAGCAUAUGUCUCAGAACCGGCUCAUCUUGCACAUCUCCAAAGCAGCCAAUCUAGAAACAAUGCAUUUUCCAUGUCUGGUCAGAUAAGGCAGGUUAGGUUUGACUCUUUAUGAUUGUUGUCUUGGAGUUAAUGGCUCAUAGAUCAGAGUAAAACUAAUUAUUGCCAAACCUACUUCAAGUGAGCACUUGUAGAUUUUGUAGAUGUAAUGGCUCAAUGGAUCAUUAUUUUAUUUCACACUUUUUACAGAGAAUAACAUAGAAAGAAAAAUAUAAUUACAAUAGAUGAUUACAAAAAUAAAAUAAUUACGGUACUGGCUCUAAAAUGUGUGUGGUGGUCAAAGCAACAAAAACGACUACAAGCUUUAUUUGCAUGACAAUACCUGUGCAUACAGUAUUGCAAAAGCUACUGUAAGAGAAAAAACAGAAAAACUAAAAUUUCAUCUUAUUGCAACUAAAUUACUUUGCUAACAAUUUGUCAUGGAAAUCAAAGCAGUGAAAGCUUUCUAGUUGUCCACCAGUGCUUUUCGCACAUUAACAUUAACAAGAUUGUGUGUCCUGAUUUCAGGAACUGAUCCAUCAGCAUACCCUGAGUAUGGCACAACUUGACCCAGAUGAUCAAAGUAAGUUAAUAUGUACUUUACAUUUUUAACAAUAAUGCUACAAUGUGUAGAAUAUUCAUGAAGAGGAGUCACUUUGUGGGAAAUGAGAUCACCAUUUAAAGGAGAAGGCGAAGAAAAUGAUGACAGUCAUUGAUAGUUGUGUUGGUGGUCAUGAUGAUGAUGAUGAUGUUUUUGACGAUGAUAACAAUUUUUCUUUGAAUAGUGCAUUGAUGUCACUAAGAUUUCAAGUUGCUUGGUAAAUUCAACAACUAGGGAGGAAAUAAAACAGCUAGGGAUUUAUUUUGGUUUUAUUUUUCUCCUGUUUUUCAAUGAAAGUAGCAGGGGGCCACUUUCAUGGUAGCCAGGGGAAAUCCCUGGCCCCUGCCUCUUAAUGACAGUUCUGAUAGUGGCAGACACAUAAGUACACUGUAUGUCUAUGACCAAAAGGUUAAAAUGUUUCUAGUAAAUUGUGUGUUGAUAUUGAGUUACUUUCAUUAAAAGGUGUUCCACAGGAAGUAGAUAGCUAUCAUACUUUGUGCCCUAUAGAGCCUCUGGACACUCCAACAGACCAGGUUUGUUACUUAUUGUGCUAAUUAAUAAGUUCAUACCUGAAAAAACACUUUAACCACUAAAAAUACAUCUCUUACCUUUAUUUUUUGGAAGAAUUAAAAACGUUAUAUUUAGUUAAUCAGUGUUGGGCUACAUCUUCCAGUCAAGACUUGUACUUCCAUUCCUGCAUCAAUUUAUUACAGUUUCAUAUCUUUGUUUUGCUUUAGUUGUAUCGUAGGUCAUACAACAAAAUUAAAAGCUGUUUUGUUGCUUAUCACUUAAGAAAGGUUCCUUGGCGGCUCCUGCACAAGCUCAUAUCUGGCUCUUGUUGGAUUCUGACUCACAAAGUUCUUGUUCAUACAUGUACAUGCUCCAUGGAUCACAAGAAUAAAACUAAGAGUGCAAAUUUGUAAGAGCUACCUAAUCAAUGAGUGUUUAACUUCUAAAUUAUUUUUAAAAGUAAACAAGCAGCGUAACAUUAUGUUAGGUUCCUUGUUUCUGAUCCCAAUGAAGUUGUCUGUAAGGCUGUUGGAAGAUUUGUAACGUUUGUUUCUUGAGGUGAAUUGUUGGUAGUGAGUGCCAUUUUGUCGUUGAACUACUUUGUAACCUUCUUGUUGUUUAUUUAUUCCUUAUGUAAGGUAAUAUUGGCAGUGCUCCGAGCUCAAUUUUGUUUUCUAAGAAACCUUUUUGCAACUUGUUUUUCUUCCUUUUUUCGGAAAGGCCCAGAGGACAUUUGGUUACAUGACAACUUGUUACAAAGCCACAAAUUCUAAAGAUGGGCUUACUUAUGUCCUUCGAAGAAUUCACUGUAAGUAUAUUGACAAGAAACUCGUGCAGCAUUAAAUGCAGUAAAUAUUUUGAUUAACCAGUUCAUUAUGACUUUGUAUUAUCUGUCUUUUCUUUAUGUCAUAAAGAACAUGUGCAUGGUUGAUUUUUUUUUUUUUUACUUCUCAGAACGGCAAACACGACCUGAUUUCUAAACAUUUAUCCACAGCAGAAUCUUUGAUUUUUAGGAAAUCAGGAAUUGCCAUCUAGAAACUAAAACAAUAAGCCACUUUCGAGUUCCAAAAACCCUUACUUUCAUAAUGAGGCCAAGUGCACAACCUUUCUUGUGAAAAUGAGUUUUAUUUGCAUGAGAAUGAAAAAUCAUUUCCACAUCAAAGGCUGAGCACUUAACCUCGUUUUGAUACAGUGGCCUGGGGGAACUCGGAAAUGGCCGCCUAUUGCUUGAAGAUCUAACAGUCAAUUUGUUCCGAAAAAGUUUAUUUCAGGCUCAUGCUCAACUGUAUAUAAAUUGCAGAGGCUGACAACCUUUAUAAGCAUUGAUUUAAUGAUUUUUUUUCCCUCUCUUUCAGCUUUUCGACUUGUAACUGCAAAAUCCAUGGUCCUUGUGGAUCAGUGGAAAAAAGUCAGUCAUUCAAAUCUUGUCAGUCUCCGAGAAGUCUUUACAACAAAGGCGUUUGGAGACAACUGUAAGUACAGUAACAGGAUGCAUUUUUGCUAUGUUGUUGUUGUUUUGCAACCACUGGAUGUUUAUAAAGGGUUUUGAAGAGUGAUAGUUUGGUCGAGAUGAUUAUGCUACAUUGCUGUCGCAACCAAACAGGAUAUUGAUCAUUUAAUUGAACGACAUCUCACCAUUUAUGCAGUUCAAAAACAUGUUUUUGUUUAACCCACGGGAAUUUUAUUUCUCCCAAACCAUCCCUUAUCCUUCAAAGUUUCUGUGCUUCUUCAGUUUAACCAAAGUAAUAUUUUUGAUGAUUUGCCCUUUGAAAAGACAUCCCUAACUAUUCGUCGAAAUCUGGACCAACAAGCUAAUCUAGCCUUGAAAGUUAACCUUGGCUGUUGUCAUUAUACUUGCAAAUUAACACAACAUUUUUAAUUCCACCGUUUACACAUACUAUUUAUUUUGAAAAAUACUAGCAUCGACAUAAAAUAAAUGAUGAGGAAUGGUAAAUUUCAUCGCCGAGUCGAGUUUGCAAUUUGCACAAAUCCGUUCCAUUUACCGAAAAACGGCCGCGGUGGCCUGAAACUGGUGUUAAAGAUCAUGGCUCUGAAGAAAUGGAACACGAAUUUCCGUUUAGGAAAUUCAGGAAAUUCCGUCCGGAAAAACAAGACUACCUUUUCAGUUGUUCCGCUGCUCUGGCAGAUUUUCCGCGGGAACGACCGAUCUUUUACUUUCCAAAUGGAUUUUCCGGAAACUUUUUUUCGUGUAUCAUGAUCUUAUACUUUCCAAAUGGAUUUUCCGCAAACUUUUUUCAAAAUGAUAAACAGUUAUUACCUCGAAGUUUCUCUUGGCACCACCCAUUAAGUGUUUAAUGUUUCCAUUUCACAGCGCUCAUAUUUGUCUAUGACUUCCACCCGGGAGCAGAGACUCUUUUAAUGAAGCACUUUUCUGGUCCUGACUCCAAUCUUGGUGUCGGCCCGGAUGGCUCAUUAUUAUUCCCCUCGACUUCCCGCCCCCUGGGGGUGCAUAGCAGACAUAGACCGGGUCACCGUAGUCCGAUGCCUGAGCGACUUAUUUGGAGUUAUAUCAUCCAACUUUCCUCUGCUUUAAGGACAGUUCACGCGGCUGGAUUAGCCUGUAGGGUCAUUGAUCCAUCCAAGAUCUUAUUAAUUGGAAAUUCAAGGUAAGUUGCCGUAUUUUUCGAUUAAUGGUGUUCCAAAGCGAAGUAUUACCGCCACAUGGGCCUGUAAUAUCAACACACUUUAAUCAUGGCCGCCUUUUCACUAAGUAACAACAUUUAUGCGCGCUCUGUCAUUUUUAAUAGGGACCUUAAGCAACGACGACAGCAGUGAAAACGUCGCCAAAAAAUGAAUUUUGCGUUCCUCCAAACUUAAUCGCGUCUAUUUGGACCCGCUCAAUAUGUCAAAUGCUGGCGACUAAAUUCGUCGUCAUAAGUCCACGUCCUGCAUAAAACGUCAAAUUGGUUGGUUUCACGUCUUAGUCGUGUAGUGGACGUCAAAGUUGUUGUUUUGAUCAUUAAACCUAUUGGUUUUUUGUGGUUGUCGUCGUAGUUGCUUAAACUACCUAAUAAAUUCCGGAUGUAAGUCACGGCAAACCGCUCUACAGUACAGUAUUUCUAGCCCGCGUGUCGCCCGCGUGGCAGUAGCCUGCGAGCAAGCUCUCCUAUUUGGGCGAGUGAAACGAGUCUCGCGAGAACGCGCGAGCGAGCGGCGAAGCCGCGAGGGGCAGAGGAAAGGCCCCUCGCUCGCGCGUUCUCGCGAGGCUCGCUUCCCUCGCCCAAAUAGGAGAGCUUGCUCGCAGGCUAGCGUGGCAGACUUUCGAAGGAAGGCGCGGAGUAAGAGGAAAACAUCGCGCGAGUGAGGUCGCGUAGAGCAUGCGCGAUUUGCCCCUUUCUUCAUCCUUCCUAAACACGGUGACUGGACUUGCUCCCUAAAUGAUAUCAACCCCUUCAUUAUCCACCCACCCCAUGAAAGGUUGUUCACACUACAUGUACCACGGUCUACGUGCCCUCCUCUUUACGAACAGCAGUGUCGGGUCUUUUGCGACCGACCAGAAUCAGAACAGUGAAAGAGCUGUGAGAUUUGGCCUACGGUUUUUCGCUUUUUAUUCACCCUUGAAUGUCUACGACGUAGGUUAACGUGUUACUUACAAACUACUGACCCUCGAAUAAACACCGUACCCUUACCAAGAGCGCAGUGUUCAUUUCAAGUGCGUAAAUUUAAGGUCGGCAGUUACUCGAAUAGUGUCAACGUCAGUAUGUUGAACACAUUUUCCUUUAAAUCAACAGCAAAAACGUUUUCGUUUGGUCGUAUUGCGUGCGAAUGAACCAUGAAAUAAGCCAUGGACUGAUAAAGCUCUAUAGACAAAAGUGAAAUAAUACGAAAAAAAUGCUUAUUAGAGAAUACAUCUCCAAGCAGCAAAGAAAAAGAGGGAAAAAAACAAUUCAAACUGCUUUAUCCUUUUUACUUUCAGACUCAGAAUAAACGGCUGUGGGAUAUUCGAUGUUCUUAGUUUCGAUGCUAGUAACAGUCCAAACGCUAUGAUUCCUCAUUUUCAGGUAAAUGACUUAAAUUUCAUUUCUCUUGAAGUAAAAACUUGACUCUAUUUUAAUUUUGUUGUUAUUUUCAGCCUUUCUUAAAACCGCCCAUUAAAAUACCACUUUUUUCGGUUUCAGCAAGAGGAUUUGACAUCCCUUGGUAAGCUGAUCUUAGCCUUGGCCUGCUACUCCCUCCAGGCCGUUCAGCGGGAGCACAUUCAACAAUCAUUAGAGUACAUGGCGAUGAAUUACUCAGUAGAUCUGAAAAAUCUUAUCAUGUAUGUACAGUAUAUUCCUUAACCUCACAGGAAGUAGUUUGUAAUUACUUUGGUUUUGCAUUGGCACGCUCUGUGAUUGGCUGAAAAAUCUCGCGCCACCUUCUCAACCAAUCAGAAAAAAGUGACUUGUGCGAGUUCGUUUUCCCGCGGGUUGGUUUUUUUUAACUUCAAAAUCUGAUUGGUUUAUUGGAAUUUCUACGCGUAUUAUGAUUGGUCAAAAUACUUAAUUUGGUUUUACCUCUGUUGCGCAGUCUGGGGUAGAGAGAGAAAGAAGUGGGAGUGCUCACUUGUGAAGAGGAACUAAACUUGAAAAUUGUACUCAGAUGGGUACAUACGCCCUUGGGGCCAUCUAAAGGCAUCUAUGGGAUGAUGAUGGUAGAAGUUUUCUCGGUCUAAACUGCAGAAUACUUUUCCUUUUGUGAAAGGUUUGAACCCAGGAGUCGUUUCAAAAGUAGGUUGAGUUUGAUCUUCCGAGUGAACGAAGUCCUGAAUAGGACUGUUGUUGUUGACAGUGACUGACGUUUCGACAACCUGUGAGGUAGUCAUCUUCAGAGUCAAAGCGAGUCGUAUCACGUCAGUUGAUGGUAUUGUACUCUGGUUUUUGAUCUGAUUGGUCAAUUACGUCGCGAUGUUAUUGGUCGUCUGUCAGUUAAGACGUGAUGUUAUUGGCUAUGAAGACUCGUAAUCAGUAAUUGGUGCGUUUCGAUCCGUCUAUUGUCACAGUUAAACAGUCGUCUAUUGUUAGUCAAAUUCCUCUUUCUUUGUUUUUUUUGGUUUUGCACUUUUGUUUAAUAAAAUUUGAGAGAUGAAAUAACCCUGGGUACGAAUUGACCGGUUUGCCGUGGUUUUUUGUAAGUCACUUUUCUGUGAUCUCGUUAGAUAUCUUCUCAGCAGUCCCCUUCCAGCGCACAUGAAGAGCGUGAAUGAUGUCAUGCCAAUGAUUGGCGCUAGGUUUUACACGCAGCUGGAUGCAGCCCAAAUAAAGUGCGACAUUUUAGAAGGAGAAUUAGCCAAGGUAAAGUGAACGUCUUUAAUUCUUGUAAGCUUAAUCUAAAUCUAAAACUGUGCAAAGGUCUCGCAUGGGAUAUAUGCGCACAGUUUCUUGUGUAACUUCAUUACAGCCAAUAAAAGGAGCGAUUACUUCCCCAAAUCAGUCCCAUGGUGCCGCGCAGUCUCUAAAAGGCCUAUUAAGGUCAACAGCUAGUUGUAAUUUUCUCUCCUUAUAUGGUAGAAUAUCCCAAGUGGCACUUGGCAGUUGAAGAUGAAUACGUCAUCUCUUUAUUCUCUUUUGUUUUGUAGGAAAUGGAAAACGGUCGACUUUUCAGAGUACUCUGCAAGAUGGGAACUAUCAACGAACGACCAGAGUAACAAAUCUUGUUUUGUUUAUAGAUUUUCUUAGUAACGUAUUCACAUACAAUGCUAGAGGAGUGAUGAUACCUUAAGGAUAUCUUCAGAAAUCGCCUUUUUAAGAUUCAGUAAACCUGGGAUGACUGUCGGGAUGAUACGUGAAGCAGCUAGGAGCCAUUAAAUAAUAUUGAAGCUUUUUUUUCUUAAUUACCUUUACUACUGGGAGCUUUCUACGAAACUUUUGUGUUCUGAACUAGAGGAAGUUGUCUGUCUCGCCCGAAUACCACUAAGAUAGUACAAUGGCUAUAGGUUUUGCUGUCACCAUUUUCGCGUGUUAACCCAAUCUAAAACAAAUCGUCCUCCAAUUUUUUUGUCUAUUUAUGUGUAGAAUGUAGGCUGAGUGAUUUUGAUCUAAAAUAGUCGAUGGUAUUGUGGUGUUAAAAAACUUUGAAGGCGGCGCGUUAGAUUGGGUUGGUCUUGUGUCGAAUUGUACUGUGGGACAGUUUUUGGGGACUAGCCAUUCACUACUCACACAUGCAGAGUGGACCAUAAUGCACCUUGUUUCCCCCAGAAUUUUGCAUGACCACUGUUUCCAAUUACUCCAGGGUAUUACAGUCGUCCCAAAAGAAGUCGAAGACAAUGGUUAUGCAAAGUUUUGGGGGUAAACAAGGUGCAUUAUGGAAAAUGUGAAAAUGGUGAAUUUAAAGAUACAGUCAAAGCUCUCUUUGCGACCACUCUCGUAAGCAACCAGCUCUAGUUACUACCACCUUUGUGAAACCCUGUUUGAACUGUGACUGAAACUUUUUCAUGAAAAGCUAUCGUAAGCGACCGCAAUCAUUUUAUGGAUUACCCAACUAGACUUUUCUCAGAGUCUUAUUGAUGUAAAUCAGCACUUUAGUGAAACUUCACACUGCGCCAAUGUUCUAAAAAAUUGGGCGUAAAGUUUAUCCGUGUCUAUAUCAGAUAUAAACACACUCUUUAAACAUUAAUUUCUUUUUUUGCUUUAUGAAUUGUUAAUGAGUUUCUUAAGCUCUCGUAAGCGACCACCUGCUAUUGUUUUACCAUGCGUUCGCUUACGACAUCUCAUUUUCGAAAGCGAGCCGCUCCAGUUACGACCACUUUUUCCGAAUUUCCGAGGUGGUCGCCUACGAGAGCUUCGACUCACUGUAGCAUGGUAAACUGGGUCGCCGGCCAAGACACUCAUGUAGUGCCCAAGGAACUAACCAACCCAAUGUCGCGCACUUCCAAUAGACCUCCUUAGCUUGUAUGUUUUGUUGUCCCAAUGAACGUUUCAGGAAAAUUUGCCCCUUUCUCUAUUCAUAAAAGAUGUAGUAAUCGACUCCUGGCGUAUAUGUGCAAGUGAAUAAGUCGAAAUUUGGAAGAAGCAGUUCUCGGGGAAAUUAUCACAUGACCCACAUUGGGAAAAUAAAACGUACAAGCUGAGGAGGUCUAUUGCCCAUUAGUAAAAUCCAGCUAAUGGUCUAUUAUCAAUGUUGCGUUCUGAUUGGUUGAGCUACUACUAGGCUAUAUGUUAUAGCCCACUAGUAGCGAAAAGCGCGGGCUUUUUGGCGGCAAAAAAGGAUUAAAGUCUUGCUUUAACUAGCUAAAAUUUUUUUAUUCUCGAUAUUUUUGACCAACUAGUUGGAUUUCACUAAAACAAUUAUUCCUCUCGCCCUCAUGACCUCUGAGUCAAUAGCCCAUUCAGCCUUCGGCCUCAUGGGCUUUUGACUCAGAGCCCAUGCGGGCUUGAGGAAUAAUUGUUAAAUAUUGAGAGUUUUUUCGCGCAUUUAACUCGUCCCCACUCCUUCGCAGGUUCAGCAUGGAUCCAAGCUGGUCGGAGACUGGUGACAGGUAUCUAUUGAAGCUUUUUAGAGACUACCUGUUCCAUCAAGUGACGGAGAGCGGAGCACCAUGGCUAGACUUGGCUCACAUUGUUGCUUGUUUGAAUAAGGUCAGUUUGCAGAAAAUACGCAGUAUUUAGUAAAUCGGAUCGUUUUUUAAUCACCAAAAUUAAAAUUUUCCGUCUUUGCUUUUUGUUAAGUCAAUAGCCUGCAUGUAGUCGUUUACGCGGGCGAGCAAAAAAUACAGGAGCGGGAGGGUGGGGCGGGUAAAGAUUAUUUGAAUGUCUGUUGUGUAAAAAAACGUAGGAGAGGGGGUGGCUGAGGUGGGAAAAUAGCAUUGUCACUCCUUUACCCCCCUCCCCGUCCCCAACAGCUUCUUCACAUGCUUCCGUGCAACAGCAUUUUCCUUAGAAUCUAUUUUCAAGUAAUUUAGCGAUAGACUUUUAGAAACUCCUGCCUAUUGCAAAUAGCUUGUGAGCAAGCUCUCCUGGGGGUACACAGUGCCCUGGAGAGCUUGCUCACUGAAGGUCCUGCUGGCAGUCGAUCGAUACGUAAUCUGUUUUUUGUUUUGUUUUUUUUUUGUUUUCAGCUGGAGGCAGGUACAUCAGAGAAAGUUUGCCUCGUCUCUCGCGAUGAACAGUCGGUGUUAGUGGUAUCUUACCGCGAUCUGAAGACCUGCUUUGAGGGUGCCUUUAACGAAAUCCUUUCUGCGUCUUUGACGUAAAACCCGAUAGAAAUAUUUGACAGGCUUAGUAUUACGUUUACGGGCAAACGUCGAUUUCGUACCACGUGAUCAAGAUUACCCUUUACUUCAGUUGUCGUUUUCUUUUCAUAAUACCUACACGAAAGUUAUUUGUUUCGGGUGUGUUUUAUCGAUAGGAAUUGUAUGGAAAGUUUUUAUCUGCUCAUUUCCCAAAUUGAGAUUUUGUCAACUUGAAUCUCACAUUUGCCGUUUGCUGUAAACGUAAUCCUUCAACCGAUCUAUUAUCAAGACCACUAAAGCUUCUACCAUUCCCUGUGAACAGAAAGAGAGAAUCGGAUCAAGUGAGUUUUCUGGGUAUCUGACCACCUACCCCUCCCCUAAGUCAACAUUAACGCUUCCUUCUCACUUAAGGCCGAAUUGUGACUUAGGGGAGGGGUCAGUUACCCAGAAACUUUACCCGACACGCAACGAAUCCUUUUCGUGUCACGGUCUUCUCGACAAUUUUUACGCACGUGCGCGGAGGCUCACUGUUUAGCGAGUGGUAUAUACGAGGCAAUAAACAAAACAAACAAGCAAAGUUCGGAAACUAAUUUGGCAAAUGGUAGUUUUUAAAAAAAACAGCUGUGCCGGGGCGACCGGCGCAAGAACCAACGGGUGCCAGUAUUUCACGGCGUUUCUUUACCUAUGUUACGUCGCGGUUGAUACAGCAAAGUGGAUACAAAAUAUGAUUACAACUAACUAAACCAUGAUCUGCGAAACUCUUAAACACUUUUCCAGACAGAGACAGUUAUGGAACCAUCUGGUUUCAUGUUUUCAUAAAGAACUUUGAUCGUGGAAGAUUUGAGCUGACAUGAGUACCAAGAAAAUUAUGUCUUUCUUUUUUGCGGUUGUUAGUUUGUUCCUUUUUUAUCGGUAGCUUGUUUCUUUGUUUGUUUGUUUUUCAUACCUGUAUAUUAUUGACGUAUAGUUUAAAAGUAUUUUGCAAAAAAAAAUUCCUUUUGAUUCGCUUCAAGUUCCCCUUUUUAUCGAAUAAGGCCUACAUACAAUUCAUGGAUGCAAAAUGUUGUGCAAAAAACGCCCCUUUCAACAAAAAAGCUUUGAAACGUUUUGGCAGUAAAAGAUAAACAUCAAAUCUCUCUCAGUAAUAUCAAGUGUUUUCAAUUUUUCCAAUCAUAAGAAAUCAUUAACAGUUUUCCUGUAAGGGAGACAGAGGACGGUAUAUUAUUAUCAAGAUUUUGCUCAAGAAACUCUUUAACGGUUGCUUCCAGGCUAAGGUUUCCUAAAGCGCGGCUAUCCGCUGGAUAAAUCACAUUGCAUAGAGGUUUCUCCAGUGGAUACCGCUAUCUGUCUUUUGAACAACUGGGGCCAGAUUGUUGUUGUUUUUUUUUUUUCUCGUAAGCAUGGGUUAGUUGCUUACCUAUCAUCCUCCAGCGUUGUCGAAAAUUAUUGUACAUAACUUCGAAAACUUUCAAAUCCAAUGUUUCAACAGGGCUGUCCCUAUAAGGCGUCUUAACAUUCGUUAAAGUGAAAGGAUAGAGUAAACUUAUGUAAAGUGUAAAGAAAAAAUCUAGCUCUCGUGUAGAUACUGUGCAAUAAUUGUACAGCAAAGUUUUCCACUGAAUACUCUAAACGUAUUUUUCAAUAUUUAUAGUUAAAGGAAGAGUAGCUAUAAAGGUUUUUAACGAAUUAUUUUCAAAGUCUAAUAUUUAGCUCCUUUCCCCGCUGAAAGGACCUUCAAAUAAAUUCGAUAUUUAUGCUAUCGAGUUUGCACAGAGUGAUGUAAAUCUGUACGUUCAAUCAAAAUUCUAGACGUGUUACAAAGUAAGAUUUUAUUCAAGAUCAUAUUAUAAAAAUGAAAGGCAU